GAUUAAUAAAAUAACUAAAUAAAAGUAAUAUAUAUAUAUUUUAAUUCGUUUAAUGUGUCACGCGUUUGUGUGAACUCAUAUAAUCAUAACCUAACAACGAUAACAGUAAACAAUAUUUUAAACAAAUUUUUUAACAUAUUUUGAGAUCGUUAAUUUUUAAUGCUAUAAUAAAACUUUGUUACGAUGAAUUUACCACGUAUAUUAAUAGUAAGUACUGAAAAGGGGAAAGCAAACGAAAUUGCUACAAAUGUGGGAGCUGAAAGGUUGUCUAACCAGGAUCAUUUUGAAUAUUAUUUAUGGAACAUACAAAACAAGUAUUACAAAACACAAGUAUUAAUAUGUGUUACUGAGAAUCCUUCGUCAGACAUCUCAGUUGAUGGGGUAGAGGCUCUUAUUAUACAUCAUGAUCCUCAAGCAGAAAAUGCAGAGCAAAAUUUAAAACAGUGGUCAUCAUUAAUUACUUCUUUAGCUGAAGCAGAAGUAUUAUUAUUUUCUUGUAACUUUAUAACAGAUGUUGUUAUUAGAGACAAAGUGAUAAAAUGGUGUCUACAAAACAAGUUUGAAUUAAUUGAAUUCAAUAGACCCGAUGUAGAUGCUUCAGAGGCUGAUUCAGAAUAUAAUAAAUAUGGUAUCGAAAGGAUUAUUGAAGCUUUACAUGCUCAUAUGUGGCCUAAUAUGAUACUCAAAGGAAAACCAUCAAGCAUAGAUGAACGAAACAAUGAUAUAAAUGAAGUUGAAGAACAGUUUGAAAAUAUUGAAUUGAAUCAGGAGUCAACAGAAACAUUACCAAUGGAGAACAUGCUAGAUGGUAUUAUGGGAGAUGAAAAUGCGGACUUUGGUGAAUUGUUCAGUCACUUAAGAGCUAUGAAGGAGCAUGCAGCAUCAUUGCCAACUAAUCAAAGACGAAUAGCAGCUGAACAAUUAGUCACUGCUUUCUGGAAAGCAAUGGGUGGUGAUCCAUCAGAAAUGGAAGAUUAAUUUGUAUGCAUCUAUAUAGAUACAUGUUAGAAACAUAAUUAUUUACAACACCUUUUUGAUGUUAGUUUUUAAAGUAAAAUGAUAAGGAAAUUCAUUAUCACAGCAGAAUCACGAAACGUUUCAAACUACAUUUCAAUAAAACUAUAAAAGUAGCAUAAGAAUAAAAUGGGAAGAUGUAGUGUUGCAUGUAUUCAAUGUACUUCAAUUUUGCAUCGAAAUUUUAUAGUAAAACUUUGUAUGAUUUCUUCUACAAACGUUUGGAUAAAUUUCACGUUUCAUUAUUAUAUUUAUU